AUGUCAAGCGAUAAUUCGAAGAAGCGGGGCAAGAGUUCUGGUGAGAAAAGGGCAAAGAAAAGGGUCAAACGGAAAGAGACGUUCGCCAUGUACAUAUACAAAGUUUUGAAACAGGUUCAUCCUGACACUGGCAUCUCCAGCCGGGCCAUGAGCAUCAUGAACUCAUUCGUCAACGAUCUGUUCGAGAGACUCGCUACCGAGGCGUCGCGCCUUGCUCAGUACAACAAGCGAGCCACCAUCACCAGCCGCGAGGUGCAGACUGCCGUCAGGCUGCUGCUGCCUGGCGAACUGGCCAAGCACGCGGUGUCCGAAGGCACCAAAGCAGUUACUAAGUACACAAGCGGCAAGUGA